CGCUCUCGGGAGGUGGAGGAGAAGGAGGAGGCAGCCAGGGAGCGAGGGAGGGCCUGCUCCGCCGCGAACGAAGCCUCUCCUCCUGGCUCGGCAGCCCGCCCCGCCCCGCCCCGCAGGCCAGGCCCAGCAGGAGGAGGCCCGUCUAGGCCUGGGCUGCCGCUGCCGCUGGCAUGGCGCUGGGGGCGCUGCGCAGGGGCUCCCCGCCGCCGGGCCUGGCUGCCCCGCCUGAGGCCGAGGCCCCGGGCCAGGAGGCGCCCCUUCCUCUGCCUUCCUCCCGCGGAGGCGGAGGCGGAGGCGUCGGCCUCGUCGGGGCGCCCCCUUCGCUCCUCCGCCCGCCGCCGCCCUCCUCCUUCCGCGCCCUCCGCAGCGCCGUCUCCACCUUGGCCCGCAUCGACGACUUCUACUGCGAGAAGAUCGGGGCAGGCUUCUUCUCGGAGGUCUUCAAGGUGAGGCACCGCCAGUCGGGACAGAUCAUGGUGCUGAAGAUGAACAAGCUGAUGAGCAACCGGGGAAACAUGCUCCGUGAGGUGCAGCUCAUGAACCGCCUCUCGCACCCCAACAUCCUCCGGUUCAUGGGCGUCUGCGUCCACCAGGGCCAGCUCCACGCCUUGACCGAGUACAUAAACGGCGGGAACCUGGAGCAGCUGCUGGACAGCCCCACUCCGCUGCCCUGGACCGUCCGCAUCAAGCUGGCACUGGACAUUGCGCGCGGCCUACGCUACCUGCACAGCAAGGGCAUCUUCCACCGAGACCUCACCUCCAAGAACUGCCUUGUCCGGUGUGAAGAAAAUGGCUACACGGCCGUAGUGGGCGACUUUGGCCUGGCCGAGAAGAUCCCCACCUACAGUGAGGGGGCCGAAAAGGAGCCCCUGGCCGUGGUGGGGUCUCCCUACUGGAUGGCGCCAGAGGUCCUGCGUGGGGAGCUCUACAACGAGAAGGCCGAUGUCUUUGCCUAUGGCAUCAUCCUCUGCGAGACCAUCGCCCGCCUGCCGGCCGACCCAGAUUACCUACCCCGCACAGAGGACUUUGGGCUGGACGUGGCCGCCUUCUGUGACCUUGUGGGGCCGGACUGUCCGACGACCUUCCUCCAGCUGGCCUUCCACUGCUGCAGCAUGGAGCCCACGUCUCGCCCCUCCUUCCUGGACGUCACGCAGCGCCUGGAGGCCAUCUUGGAGCAGCAGCGGCACCAGCAAGCGGACCCAGACCUCUCCAGCGUCCAGCCCACCUCAAAGGGCGCCGGUGGCCAGAGGACCCUCCUAGGGAGCCCAGCGGCAGCUCUGAUGAACGGUCAAGCGCCAAAGGGCCCUUCCUUCCCCCAGACCCCUUCUGGGCUCCAACAGCUCCUACCGCCAGACGAGCGCCUCUCCCGCAGCCAGUCGGACAUGUUCCAUCCGCGGUCGGACGCCUUCCCUGGCCUGGCACAGGAUGGCACCCCGCAGCGCGUCAACCCUUUCUCCCAGCGCCAGGACUUGAAAGGUGGCCGCAUCAAGCUCUUUGACACGCCCAGCAAGUCCUUGAUCUCACUGACCUUCGACCUCCCGCCCCCCACGCCUUUCCUGCCAGGAACCCCCAUCACCCCAGAGCCAGCAGUGGAGGCACAGUGUGACUUCUCAGAAGCAUUCACGUCGACCCGACGGUGCCGCUCCCUCCCCGCUUCUCCAGAGAUGUUGCGCCGGGGUCAAUCGCGCCCGGCCCCCUACCCCAGCACCAACGGCGGCCUUGCUCUGGACUGCAGCUGCCUGGAGACCCCCUUCUCCUCCCCUGGCGCUGAGCUGAUGGACUGCCGUCCGGACGCCAACCCCGAUCCGGAGCCCAUUUCGGACCGCAUCACAUCGCCGACCACCUUCAUCAGCACAGCCAUGUCCGGCGCUCGGCCGUGGCCCCCCAAUGGACUCCUCCUGAACAAUAACAAGUCCCCCCUCGGCUGGGGCGGGGCGCUGUCGGAGCUGAGUGUGCCUCCCUCUGCUGGCAACACGGUGCAAGGGGAACACGCCAGCACGGCCCUGGCCCUGAGCGGCCCCGAGAACGGCGCUGUCAACGUGACGGAGCAGGACGAGGUGCUCUCCUGCCCGGCCUGCUGCCUGGGCCCCUUCGGCUUCAGCUUCGCCUCUGUCUGCCAUCGGCCGAGCGCCAGCGCCCCACGCUACCAGAACCUCAACUGCGAGGCCAAGAGCCUGCAGUGCGCAGAAGGGCUUCCGCAGAGAUCCCUCCUCACCAAGGGCCUGGGGCUGUCUGAGCCCAGCCUCAAGCUGCCUGAAGCGCAGUCCUAAGGCCAGCCGAGUGGACACUGGCCAGAGAAGGGCUGCAAGUCCACAAGGGACCCUCUUGACUGGCCUCUGUGCCCUUCUUCCUCCUCCUCAGUCCACCUCAGAGAUCCUGUGGCACAGGAAAGGGGUUCUCUGGCAAUGGUCAGUCCGCUGGCCUGUUCCUUUACCACAGUGGGAGCCAUGCCAGGGAGGCCAGAUGUCCAUCCUGUUUUUCUUUGUAGAGGAUCCAUUUGUGAAUAGGGAGGGCUGGAAGGUCCUUGGCGCACUUUGAGCACCGGGCAGCAGUGCAAUAAUGCAGCCGCUUCCUGCGCACAGGAGACACGCACAGAUGCACGCCUUCGGGGCUUGGUGGGCUUCCUUCCUUCCAGGGGGCCCGUCUCACCUGAGUGCCCCUCCGUCCAGUGCCUCAUGCCACAGGGCAAUGGUCAGGGUGGCCUUGGGCAGCAUCCUCUCCAGCCAGGGCAAAGGGUCAUGUGGGGGGUCCUGGCCCUGCUUGGGUCAGGGAUGGGUGGAUGGGGGUGGCGGGUGUCUGGCUUCCAUUCCCGAGGCAUCCCCGUUCCUCCUUUGCGCAGUGCAAUAAUAAUAGACGCCCAGCUUCUGCUCCUGGCUGCGUCUUGGGCUCCAUUAUUCUCUUCUUUCUUGGAUGCGUUUGGUGGAGGAGGAGGAGGAGGAUGUGGCUGCAUUUUUAACGAAAGACGCUACUUAAUAUAUUCAGCUUAUUUAAAAGUGUUGGAAGAAAUAAAACCAAGCAAUUGUCAUACCUU